CUCGUGGGCCCUGUGGUCCCAAAGGAUGGUGGCCCUGCCAGGCCACUGAACCUCAGGCAAUGCCCAGCGGUCACGGGGCAGCAGUGUGGGCCCUGCUGGCAGGCAGCACUGAGGGGACGGUUGGGUGAGGGGAGGGCUGAGGGGUGGCGAGGUGCUGAGUCAGCUUAGUGAGGCCCAGGGACGCUGUUGGCGGGGUGGGAGUGGGGGGCUCACACAGCCCCACCCCCAUUUAUUCCCCACAUGAGAAAAGCGAGACUCACAGAAGAGCCGAGAAUCGCUCAGAGUCCCUGCUCAGCAUCCCCACCCGUUGAUGCCCAGAGGACUUUGUCCACUGGUUUACUGGCAAUGGGGUAGGGUGACAAAGAAAUCAUCUGACUUGAGUCCCAGGCCAUGCCAGGGUGUCUCUACCAGCUGAGGCAGACUGGCGAUGAAGCUCUUUCAUCCUGAGGUCGGGAACAAGGCAAGGCCUGCAGCCCAAGAGUCCAGUAAUAUCUCCUAUGGGGCAGGCACUGUGGCAGGGCAGGGCAGCCCACAGCCCACACCAGCGUGCCCAUGUUCGAAUCUUGCCUCCACCUCUGAUCCAGCUUCCUACCAAUGCACACUGGGAGGCAGCGGUUGAUGGCUCCAGUACUUGGGUCCAAUGCCACCCAGCCUAAGACAAGCUAGCAAACAAGACAGGUUGUCAUUUCCUCAUUUGCAAGCCUUGUUCCUCAACGAGGCCAGAGAUCUCCUGGAGGCCCCGCUCUGUGGAGGACUCCGGGCGAGCAGCAGGUCUCUCUCUGCUCUCCAGCGCCUCUUGGAUGGGAUCCUGCCCGGGAAGGAGCCAUGGACUUCCGCCUCUGGCUGCUUUGCUUCCUGCCAGUAGCUGGGGCUCUGAAGCCCCUCCCAGAAGUCCAGCUGGAGGCCGAGCUGGGUGGAUCCGUGACCAUCAAGUGUCCACUUCCUGAAGUCGAAGGGAGGAUGUACCUGUGCCGGCAGAUGGCUGAGUCUCGAGCAUGUGCUACCGUGGUAUCCAACCACUACACCAAGGAUGAAUACAAGAGCCGCGUCACUCUGACGCAGCGCUCAGAAAAGCAUCAGUUCCUGGUGAAGAUGACCGAGCUGACCGAAAGGGACAGCGGAAUCUAUGCCUGCGGAGUGGGUAUUAACACAGACCGCGGCAAGACCAAGAAAGUCGCCCUCAACGUCCACAGCGCAGAGUAUGAGCCAUUCUGGGAAGAGGAGCCGACAACCAAGCCUCCGAAGUGGCUUUAUAGACUUCCCCACCUGCAGAUGCCUCACGGGUUCCGGAUGCCUGUACCUGGCAGUUCUUUCAGAUUAACACCCAAAGUAACCACACCGGCUCAGAGCACCGAGGCCCCUGCAGCCCACCGGCCCUCCCCGACCACCGCGCCCGCUCGCCAACCUCGAGUUUCCAGAGCGUUCUCCGGAGCAGCCGCCAGGCCCCCCACCCUCCCACCAUCUGCCUCAAAGUUCUCGGCUCAGGGGGGGCCGCUCAGGCCCUGGACGGCCAGCUACAGCCGCCACACCCGGCUGCACAGGCAGAGGGCCCUCAGCCACGAGCCGCCGUCCGGCACGGGGGACCAGGGCCUCCACAUCCUCAUCCCCAGCGGCCUGGCCUUUCUCCUGCUAGCCCUGUUGGGGCUGGUGGUGAGGAGGGCCCUGGAGAGGCGGAAGGCCUUCUCCAGGCGGGUCCGCAGGCUGGCCGUGAGGAUGCGCGCCCGCGACGCGGCCCGACGGCCCCGCGCGCAGCGGUCCCGCACCUCGCCGCGGCCGCGCUCUCAGAACGUCUACAGCGCCUGCCCGCGCCGCGCUCAGGGGCCGGACGCUGCGGGGGCACCGGACGCCCUGCUCGAGGAGCCGGCAGCCUCCGGACCGCCCACCCCGCCGCAGGUGCCUGAAACUCCCUGGCUCCAAGCUGCCACUCUGCAGACCAGCUGUGAAUAUGUGACCAUCUGUCACCAGCCUGCUGCCAAGAUGGAGGACCCUGAUUCAGACGACUACGUCAAUAUUCCCUACCUGACUCACCUCCCCAGCUGUGCCCCGGGGCCCGGGGCCUGGUGCUAAUGAGCCUUAUCUGUCUGCUGAUCUUCUGCACCUGCUCCCCGUGUUCUUGGAACCCGGGUCACCUCCCAUGCCCCCUCUCUGGGUGCCCUGAGCGUGGCCCUGCUCCCAGCUCCUCUUGCACACCUUUGCACCCAGCCGAGGAGAAGGGCAGGCAGGGGCGUGGGGGCGUGGGCCGGAAGUGGAAGACCGAGUGGGAAUCUGCUUUGCACAGGGCUCUUUAACCUACAUUUGAUCUUCUGUCAUUUACAUUUCAAACUGGUGCCCUUCAUCCACCCCCAGUGCCCUGGCCCUGCACUUAUAAAAUGAUGUGUUCUCCA